UCCGGUCCAGAUCGGCGAGGGGCGAGGGAAACACCCCGGGAGCCCCGCGCCCUGGCACCAUGCGACCCGCCGCGCCUCCUCCCGGGUCCGGGGCUGCACAAUCUGCUCGCUGAGCCCCCUGCGGUCGCCGCCUGGGAGAGUGGCACCAAGGAGGUGGAAGAGGAGGAGGAGGAGGAGGCGACACUCGGGAGAGCAGUGCCCGGACGGAUUCGGCCGCCCCUCCACCCGAGAGAGCUGGCGACUCCCGGGUUCCCCAGUCUUAUCAUGUGCCGGGCGCCAGCCGGGCUUUAGGAGAAACUGAGACGCCGGAGCAAGUCGAGGCAAUUCUUUGGUUGCUAAGUGUGAGAGAAGACACUCAGGAUGGCUCAGGGAUCCGGGGACCAGCGAGCGGUGGGGAUCGCUGAUCCAGAAGAGAGUUCUCCCAACAUGAUUGUCUACUGCAAAAUCGAGGACAUCAUUACAAAGAUGCAAGAUGACAAGACAGGGGGCGUGCCCAUCAGAACAGUUAAGAGCUUUCUCUCCAAAAUCCCCAGUGUCGUCACAGGUACUGACAUUGUACAGUGGCUUAUGAAGAACCUUUCCAUUGAGGACCCAGUUGAAGCAAUACACCUGGGAAGCCUUAUUGCUGCCCAGGGCUACAUCUUCCCAAUCUCAGACCACGUUCUCGCCAUGAAGGACGAUGGCACCUUUUACCGUUUCCAGGCUCCUUACUUCUGGCCUUCAAACUGCUGGGAACCUGAAAACACAGACUAUGCCAUCUACCUCUGUAAGAGGACGAUGCAGAACAAAGCAAGGCUGGAAUUGGCUGACUACGAAGCAGAAAACUUAGCGAGACUCCAGAGGGCCUUUGCAAGGAAGUGGGAAUUCAUCUUUAUGCAAGCAGAAGCGCAAGUAAAGAUUGACCGGAAAAAGGAUAAGACAGAAAGAAAAAUUUUGGAUAGUCAAGAACGGGCCUUCUGGGAUGUCCACAGGCCAGUGCCAGGCUGUGUGAACACAACGGAAAUGGAUAUCAGAAAAUGUCGGCGUUUGAAGAAUCCACAAAAGGUUAAAAAGUCAGUGUAUGGUGUGACAGACGAGACCCAGUCACAGAGUCCAGUGCACAUACCAAGCCAGCCAAUCAGGAAAACUACAAAAGAUGACAUCCGAAAACAGAUAACGUUUUUGAACGCACAGAUUGACAGACAUUGUUUGAAAAUGUCCAAAGUGGCUGAAAGCUUAAUCGCUUACACGGAGCAGUACGUGGAGUACGACCCAUUCAUAACACCAGCAGAGCCAUCUAAUCCUUGGAUCAGUGAUGACAUCACCUUAUGGGACAUAGAGAUGAGCAAAGAGCCCAGCCAGCAGCGAGUGAAGCGUUGGGGCUUCUCUUUUGACGAGAUACUGAAGGACCAGGUGGGGCGGGACCAGUUCCUCAGAUUCCUGGAGUCAGAAUUCAGUUCGGAAAAUCUCAGGUUCUGGCUGGCUGUCCAAGAUCUCAAGAAGCAACCUCUACAGGACGUGGCUAAGAGGGUGGAGGAAAUCUGGCAAGAGUUCCUAGCUCCUGGAGCCCCAAGCGCAAUCAACUUGGAUUCUCACAGCUAUGAGAUAACCAGUCAGAAUGUCAAAGAUGGAGGGAGACACACAUUUGAAGAUGCCCAGGAACACAUCUACAAGCUGAUGAAGAGUGACAGCUAUGCCCGCUUCCUACGGUCCAAUGCUUACCAGGAUCUGUUGCUGGCCAAGAAGAAGCCAGAAAGUGAGCAAGGUCGUAGAACUUCCCUAGAAAAGUUCACCCGCAGUGUGUGCUGCUGGCGCAGAGUCAGAAUGGCCGCCGCGUUUCACCCCCGAGGUGGCUUCCUUCCAGCAGUGGGGAAAGUCGCUGGCGGGCAAGCGCCUUACGGGCCUGAUGCAGUCCUCCUGACCGCCCCGGCCCCAGGCCCAGGGCCCAGGCCGGAAGAAUACCCGGGCAGACGACGCUCCACGUCCAACGACAGAGCUUCCUUGCGGGGAGAUUUGGUCACUGUGAAGGAAAAAGAGUGAGGGCCGCAGAGGGCACUGGUGGGAAGAUGCGGUGGGUGAAUGGGGAGACCAGAGAGAAAAAAGUCCACGGUGCUGGGCCAGCCGGGAGAGGCCCUGCUUAUAGCCUCUCUCUUGUACAGCCACACACCAAUGCUUAUUCUCAACAAGGGUCCAUUUCUAACAUGGUCAGAGAAUGUGUCACGGGGUUCCUGACUGACUAUCACUCAAGAUGUUAACCUCACCUGUCCAGUCAUCUGGGGACUCUGCCUUCCAGCAAGCUUCAGAGGGACCCUGGGCACAUAGUAUUAAGCAUCACCUCCCUACUACUCACUCUAAUGCACUGGCAGUGCUCACUGCUACCUGUUCCCCCUCCCCCACUGGUGGCCACCCAAGUCUACUGGGUGGGUGACAGACGCUGCUUUCACAUAAAAUGUCGAAAGUCACAUCUUCAGCCCUAAAUGACCCUUCAAGUUCUCUCCACCCUCUGUGAGACCACAUUUUUAAGAAGUCUCCAUGGGUGUGGUGGCCACCCCUAGUUUCCAUCAAAUGUCCAAGGGUACAGAGCUUGAAGAGGUACCCAGUACAGAUAACGGAGUGCGUUGUUUAGCCACUGAAGGUUCGGGUGACAAUCUUUUAAAAAGAUUAUUACUUCCUGUCUUCUGAUUUUGCCCCUUGCACCUCGGCUUGUUCCCUUGUAUUUUAUUCACAAUAAACAUGGCCAUGAACUCAGGGGCCAUUGGGCUUCUCCCCACUGGUAGCCCAAGAUGGAAGUUUCUGGAGGUGGAUGCAUUGGCACAUGGUGGUAUCCUACCAGGCCUGGCCAGAUUCUCACUGGUUUAGGGCCCAGUUAUUCUAGAAGCUUAAACAUGAUAUGCAAUGAUAGGUCCAGCCAGAGUCACAGAAUUCCCUUCCCAACCUUAUUCUGAAGACCUAGCCAAAGCACCCUGUUAGAUGUAGUCAGCCAUCUAGGACUAGGAAAAGGCAAACUGUACUGGAGCCUGCAAAAGAUCUUCUGUGUUCUUCAGGUGAAUAACCAUUUGCCAACCUGGCUGUGAAGUCUUGCACUUAAAGUGUCACAUCAGGUCUGGAAUGAACACACAGGCGGUGCUUAGCAAAUGGUCACUAGUAUGGUCAUUGUCAUUGUUACUGUGAUCAUCAGAUGCCCUCAGAUGCAGAUAUAUUAGGCAACAUGCUUUUAAAUUCAGACAUGUUCCUCCACACACACCUGCCCUGCCAACACAUGUUGGCCCCUCCUUUGAUCUAUAUAUGGCCAUAGGUGAAAACUCCCCCUUGAGAGUAUAUAGACAAAGAAGGAAAAGGAAAGAAGGAAGGAAGGAAGGAAGGAAGGAAGGAAGGAAGGAAGGAAGGAAGGAAGGAAGGAAGGAAGGCAAACAUUGCUUAUGUAAGCUGGUGACCCAAGUUCCAAGUGUUUGUUCAGUCUCAGCCUUCUGGGUGUAUCAUGUGAUCCAUCCGCCCAGCCUCCACCUUCAAAGCCUGUCUAUCCUGCUUAUACACAACCCCAGAUCCACAAGCCUCCUGUUGGUCCCACACAGGGGAAUCCUCCGUGUAAGAUUCUUGGCCAGCACAUCUGUCUCCAGGUCAGUUCUUCUCUUCUUUGAGACAUGGUGGAAAUCCAAGGGCAUCUCCAAAGGUGAACACCCAGACUCUUGCCAGCAUUGAGCCUUGGCAAACAAAAGUAGUCACAUGAGUAGUGAGUGGGAGAAAUGAAACCACAACCCAAGUUACGAGGUCUUCCAACCCUCUCUCUCUCUCUCUCUCUCUCUCUCUCUCUCUCUCUCUCUCUCUCUCUCCACUUAAAACAAAAUAAGACAACAAACAACUAAAUCCCUCUACAUAGAACCCUCCAGAUUCUGAACAAAGCUGUAGUCCGAGCUCAUCUCCAUCCAACGUUGCACAAAGGAAGCUUCUCUACCAAGGGUGCCCUAGGCUGUGCAGACACUAAGACAUCUGGUAUUCUCAAACCAUGGUUACAUCGUGCCCUCAAUCACGCAGGACAAGGAUUCUGGCUGCCCCCUGCCCCUUCUAUGGACUACAGAACACAUUCUAAGCCAGGCUGCAACCUGGGUAGGACAGACUUCUUGGCCAUAGCUUCUGUGCCCUUUUCUGCCCUAAUUCUUAUCUGCUGGUUUUGUACUGUGCUGACCUAAAAAUUGGCCUUACUCUGGAGGUCCCCACAUGGCCCAUCCAGAGCCAGGCAUACUCUAGUUCUGAGAUGGAACAGGAGGCAAGCUUCUAAACACCCCCAGGGAAACAGAGAAGUAGACAUGACAGUUAGUAGGCUCAAUUGAGCCAAGGACAGACAGACACUCUAGAUGGAGUCAAGCCUGGAGCAAUAAGCUUUCAUCCCCAUGUCACUACAAGGGGUAAGCACAGGCAUGUGGCCACUGUGUGUGCCUCAGUAGAUCAGGCAGGUUGAGAAAACAAAGUAGAACAAAGUUGUGCCAUCCGAGUUGAUCAGCCCAAGUCAGUUUGACAUGCAAGAUUACAAUGCUAAGAUUUAAAAAAUUGGGUCUCAGCCAGCUUCCCUUUGGCCUGGUACACACAGACAAAAUCAAGAUGGUUGAUGAUCAUUCCUCAGUAAUGCAGAUUCCUCUGCCCUGUUCUUCUCCCUGGAAGCCUGCUAGGCUCUCCCAGCUUGAUAUGGUCUGAGAGGAGAAUCUACCCUGUGAUGACUUGGGGAGCAAGUGUCAUUUUAGCAACUCCCCAGUCUCAGCAGGUGAGACAGGCCCAGGCUGGGAAACAAAUGCUGACAACAUUUCCUGCCUUGGCAAGAGCACAGCUUGGAGACUGUACAUCUAAAUAGCCAGCCGCACCGUACCCUGACACGAGGCUGGCCCAGGAAGCCAGGUGAAACAACCUGUCUUUCUAGAAAGUGACAUGUCUGUUUCACUUCCCUGGCCAGCUGUUGCUGUGCCCCAAAAAUAAAGGGAGGCCCAACUGCCAGUGAAGUUAGUUAAGUCUUCUCUAGGUUUGCUCACUGCUCAGUAACUAGGUACCAGGCUUGGACCCAGGAAGAGUUCUUACAAUGCUAAGUUGCUGCUUGGACUAGUCAAACACUUGGGGACAUACCCAACAGGAUUCCUGGGAUGUUCAAACUACCUCACCAACAGGAUACAGAACCAGGUGCCUGCCCCUCUUGCUUGUUGUGAAAGUUGGUGGUUUUCCUGAAACUCGUCCUCCCAUUCUGUUCCGCAUGUGUGGGCUUCAGACGACAGCACCAAGAAGCCUUUCCAGAACGGGGAAAGGAUUGAGGGCUGUUCAUCUUUGGGCCCUGGAGAAUUUCCUGGAGGAAAAUGUUCCAGCAAGUUCCAGGAACUGGGAAGCCCGGGGGCUGGGGAGAAACAAUAUGUCACCAACCUCCAAAGGGACCUGGCUGAGAUGAAUUUGUGGCAAGUACUGUGGAAUAGUUGAAUAGUGGUCAAAAUAAAUUGCUAAUCACUCACCACUGGACUCUCCGAAAGAGGCCUGUGCUCAUGUAACCAUGGCAACAGCAGACGCCAGCAACCUACUCAUUAGUGCCACCCAGUGAUAAGGCCUCCCCCUGGGCGAGACCCAGGGGCCAUCAAGUAGCAAAGUAGCAAAUGUAGCAAUAAGGGGCCUGGGACCCUGAGGUGGCAGGAUCCAAUAACAGGACCCCAGCUGUCCCCAAGCCUCAGACAGGGGGCAGAGCCAGCUGCUAUCAGCUGUCUGGGGUUGAGGAGCCCUGCCCACACCAAGGGUCCCUGUCCUAUAGCCUAUGACCAUUCACCGCAUGAUCACAGACACGUCGGAAUGGCCUCCUCCUUAGUGCAUGUGGUUCUCGUUAGUUUCUUUUUCUGGAAUUUGGGGAACUGGACCCCAGGACCAAACAUGCUGGAAACAGUCUAAAAAUAAACUUGAACCCACUAAA